AUGUCCUGGUUCAGAGAGACGUUCAGCAACUUUGUAGGCGUUUCAUCGGCACCUGGAGCAGCCAAGGAGGGGGAAGAGACCGUCCUGGCGGAGGCACCUGUCGACGACAAAGCGAAGCAUGCGGACUGGACGGGGAGGGUCAGCUAUUGGAAGAACCUGGCGAGCUCCUCCAUCUCCAAGGAGAGUGGGUUUGCCUUCAUCGAGAAAGAGCACAGCGGGUCAGACACCCAAGUCGGCGAUGCGCUGAAGGAGCUCAACGAUAUCGAGGGCAAGUGCAAGGCAGCGCUCGGCGGCAACGCUGGCGCAUCCAACUCGGUUCCUCAGCUCUGCCGGCAAUGGAUGCAGCAGCUGAAGCAGGAGCCCGCGAACCUGUAUCAUGACAGUCAGGCCCACGAGGACGUUUCGUUCUCCAACAUUCUGUUGAGGAGCUCUGCCGUGGAGACUCUGAUCCUUUGCAUCAUCAGAAACCCGUCUCUUGCCGAGGAGGAGGAUGAGUCCUUGAUCGAGCUCCUGGAUCACUGUCUGUUUGGUUCCAAGGGAGAGAAGCUGAAGUUCCUAGCCGAACUCUGCAAACUCGCACAGAACAUCGACGGCACGACCUCCCAUCCCCAGAUCGAAACUCUGGUCAAAUCCAUCGUUGUCUUUCUGAAAAGGGACCAUCGUUAUGACGACGCCCUUUCUGAAGCUACGAUGCUCUUAUCCCAGGUCAGGAGGAAGGAAAGCGAGAUCGACAAGCUGCCCAACAUCUCACGCAUCAACAAGAUCCUAGCACAGGAAGACUGGGCCUCACACCUUGAGGAGUUCAACGACGAGGACGUGAAGGACUGCGUCGCGCGCUCGGCAGAACUUCUAGAUCGAAAUGCUUCACUUCGUCACCUGACAACCAUCUCCAACUCCCUACUGCAAGAGAAGAACGUGGAGAUUGAAGCGAUGAAGGAAGCUGUGGCAGACGAUGAGGCCUCGGUAUCCCAGCGCAUAGAAAGCGUGAAUGCCGAGAAGGACACAUGCGAAACAAGAUUCAGAGAGAACGAAAAGCACUUGACAAAGUCCGAAGAAGACUUGUCCAGUCGACUUGACCAGUUGCUGGAAAAGAAACGAGCCCUGGAGGAGGAACUCGAGCACGUCAUGGGUGAAAUUCUAGCUUGUGAUCAACAGCUCAACGAGACAAGGAGGAACCUUGAGAUUCUUCCACGACAGAAGCAGGCGAAGGAACGAAGCUUCAACGAUCAGCUGCAGGAAUCGAAUGCCUGUCGCACAAUGUCGUUCCUGACGACGAGGCUACAGGCCUUGUCAGUGCAGACACAAGACUACGAGAACGAGUUGGACGCGCUCGAAGACACAUGUGAUCAAGUUUUGUUGACUUCAUGUCCUCGUUUGUCUCGAGUGCUCUGGUCCAAGAAGAGUCGAACCUGGCGGUUUUGUUACAUCAACAUCAUCGCCACAUUACUGAGAUUGGAGCAGGAGAAGCGCAAGCAAAUCCUCCAAGAUGAGUGCAGCUACAUCGAGCUGCAUCUCAAGUUCCAGAGCGCUCAGCUCCUCCUCCUCCGCAAUUGCUUGCAGUUCUGCGAGGAUGAGCUUGAUGCUACCAGAGGAAGAACCUCCAAGAUCUCUAAGUUGGGCAUGUCCGAGCUCGCCAAUGAGGAGGAGUUGAGGGUGAAGAUGUUGGAGGAGAAGCAAGCAGAGGCCGUUUCUCGUGUGCAGGCCGUCGCGCAAGAUGUUGCAGACUUGAAGGCGCAGGCUCUGGACCUCCUGCAGGCGCGCAUGGCACCUGGCAGUGCGCUGGCCGAGGCGGUAGGGAAGGACGUGACGGGUAUCAUGGUGCUUCUGAGCAAGCUGGAGAAGGAGCUGGGGGAGGUGGAGUCAACCUUUGACCUUCAGAGCUCGCUGAAGGGCUCGGAGUGCGAGGUGAAGGCGCGUGAGUGGGAGAUGUCUCCCCCUGCCAAGGAAAGCGGCGGAGAGCAGCCGGAGAGUGGCUGGGAGGGAGAGCAGGAGGAGCCCCCGACUAACUCACUGCCUCCCAUCCCUCCUCGACCCCCAGUUGAAGAGCUGAUGGCUUUGACCAGCGAUGGCGACUGCCAAGAUGGACAGGGCGAGGAGGCAGACUUGGUCGAAGCAGAUGUUUCCCAAGAGGAAGAGCAAGAGCCUGAGCCCGAGAAGGAGCAGGAGCCCGAGAAGGAGCAGGAGCAGGAGCAGGAGCAGGAGCAGCAGGAUUUGGAAGAGGGUAUGGAGGAGAAGGAUUAG